AUGAGGAAGGUCGGGAAAAGUGAAUUUGUCAGUAUGCCAAGACUCCCUAUAUAUUUUUUUAGCAGUGUAGCCAAUCACAACCGCUUCCACAUUCAUUUAAAACAAGUCCAACCCCUCACCGCACAAACCGUCCAUAGCCCCUCACCUUUUUUACCCCCCCAUCCUCCAUCUCUUCCCGCCCCCUGGUCUUUAUCCUCCUCUCCAUCGACCAUCCACUCGACCGGACGACUUGCUCUUCCUAAACAAAAAAUCAGACAAAAUGGUCAACUUUACCGUCGAACAGAUCCGUGA